AUGCCAGUAACACCCUCUCCAGGCGACCCGCCAGAGUCUUACACUCAAAUGGCACCAGAACAUGAUUUAGAAGAGAUCGGGAAACACUGUCACUUUUGCCGUCAGCUCGAUUUUCUCCCAUUCAGGUGCGAGUCCUGCAAGUACACAUUUUGCCUAGAUCACCGAACAGAGACUGCACACAGAUGCGCCAAAGCAGGAGAGUGGGCAGCUGCUCGGAGAAGACAAGACAAUAUGACUAGCAGCAUGCUCUCACCCUUAAAUACCAAACCCUCAGUCUAUAAUUCGACGCAGUGCUCUCAUCCAAAGUGUAAAAUACUCAUUCAUACACUUCAAAAUCCAGGCGUUCACUGCAAAAAUUGCAAUAGGCAGUAUUGCCUGUCACAUCGAUUACGCGAGGACCACGACUGUUCGAACUUAAUACCUCUGGGCGCACGGCCUGGAAAAGGCGGCUUGGUUGCAGCUUCCCAGACAAAUGUAGACAAGGCCCGAUCUGCCUUCUCUAAGCUCCGUGCAUGGGGCAAAGACAAAUCUUCUGCUGUUACUGUCAGCUUCGCCCCCAAGUCCAGACCUCCGAGUAGCGCGGCAACUCGAAUAGCAAAUCUCAAUGCCCUGAAAAAAUCGGCGAAAGGAGAUCCAAACCUUGACACCACCAAACGGUUUUAUCUUCACGUCGAAGCGUCAGCAGAUACAACAACGGCAAAAUUUCCCACGGGUGAUUUUUAUUUCGAUGCGUCGUGGAGCGUGGGGCGUCUUUUAGAUGAUGCUGCGAAGAGGCUAAAAGUACAAAAUGUGAACAAUCGAGUGGAAGGGGAGGACGAACGGUUAAGGGUGUUUCAUGUCGAAGGGGGCAAGCUUUUGGAUUUUUCUGAAAAGAUUGGGAGUUGUAAAGUUGCACAGGGCGACACGAUUGUGCUGUUAAGGGGAGUUGGACCACCAAUACCUGAUUUGAUUGAGGCAUAA